AUGGUCAUCCAGUUCGGAUAUCUCGCUUUAUUCUCACCUGUCUGGCCGCUCAUUCCCAUCGGAUUUCUCAUCAACAACUGGAUUGAGAUCCGAUCCGAUUUUCUCAAAAUCUGCAUCGAGUAUCAACGACCACCGCCAAUCCGCGCAGACUCGAUCGGUCCAUGGAUUGACUCUCUUAGCUUCCUCAAUUGGCUUGAGAGCAUCACGACGGCUGCAGUUGUUUACCUGUUCCGCGAAGGUGUCGAUGGAGAGGGGUUUAGGAAGGGGAACUUGUAUGCACUUGCAGCGACUAUUUUCGUGAGCGAGCAUAUCUAUCUGGCUGUGAGAUAUAUCGUUCGUAUGGCUCUGGAAAGGAUUGGGUCAGAAGCCGAGAGGCAGGAAUUGAGGCAGUUGUGUUUGACGAGGAGGAAGAUUCUGGACGAGUGUGAGAGCAGGAAGGGGGGUGUUGAUGGGGAGGUGAGUAGUGAAAAAACAUGA